GAAUUGCUGCUGUACGUCUCACGUUUCACACGGGGUGAAAGAGGGCUUGGCUUUUCGACCACAACCAGAAACCCUAAUUCCGCCCGAAACCUCAAUUCCGUGAGGGCGGCAAUCGGCAAUUCUCCAUUGCCGGAGCGAUCAAAGGUCUCUCUCUCUCGUGCGUCCUCCUUCGUCUACCUUUCUUAUUGGCGCCGGGGAUCUUGGCAUAUUCACAUCCGAGUUGAUUUGGGGAAACCAGUAUGUCUUCUACUUCCACUCAGCCUCAGUUCCGAUACACGCAGACCCCAUCCAAAGUGUUGCAUCUCCGCAAUCUCCCGUGGGAGUGCACAGAAGAAGAGCUUAUUGAAUUGUGCAAGCCGUUCGGGAAGAUUGUGAACACAAAGUGCAAUGUUGGCGCAAAUCGUAAUCAAGCCUUUGUUGAAUUCGUGGACCUGAACCAGGCAAUUUCAAUGAUCUCUUAUUAUGCUUCCUCAUCUGAACCUGCACAAGUGCGAGGGAAAACUGUGUACAUUCAGUAUUCAAAUCGGCAAGAAAUUGUUAACAAUAAGAGCUCUGGCGAUGUUGCUGGAAAUGUCCUGCUGGUGACGAUUGAGGGUGUAGAGGCUGGAGAUGUCAGCAUAGACGUCAUUCACUUGGUCUUUUCAGCUUUUGGAUUUGUGCACAAAAUUGCGACCUUUGAAAAGGCUGCUGGCUUUCAGGCUCUGAUCCAAUUUAGUGAUGCGGAUACAGCAUCCACUGCCCGGAAUGCAUUGGAUGGAAGGAGCAUUCCUCGGUACCUACUUCCAGAGCAUGUUGGUUCAUGCCAUCUGCGCAUCUCAUUUUCUGCACACACUGAUCUGAAUAUCAAAUUUCAAUCUCAUCGCAGCAGGGAUUACACCAAUCCAUAUCUUCCAGUGAAUCCAUCGGCUAUUGAAGGGACUAUGCAGCCAGUUGUAGGUCCUGAUGGAAAGAGAAAGGAGCCUGAAAGCAGCAAUGUGCUGCUUGCCUCCAUUGAGAAUUUGCAAUAUGCUGUGACUGUUGAUGUUCUUCACACGGUUUUUUCUGCAUUUGGUACAGUGCAAAAGAUAGCAAUCUUUGAUAAGAAUGGUGGAAUGCAGGCACUAAUUCAGUAUCCAGACAUAGCAACCGCAGCUGUUGCAAAAGAGGCUUUAGAGGGGCACUGCAUCUAUGAAGGUGGCUAUUGUAAGCUUCAUCUGUCAUACUCUCGUCAUACUGAUCUCAAUGUAAAGGCCCAUAAUGAUAGAAGCAGGGACUACACGAUUCCUGAAGCCGGAAUACUGCCUCUACAGCAGGCCCCUGGCUAUCAAAGCCCACAGUCUUCCUCAGCAUACCCUGGAAGUGUUGCUUCUCCUGUGCAAAUGCCAGAGACACAUCUGCCAGCAUGGGAUCCAAAUGCUCAGGUUGCAAGGCGUCCUUUUGCACCUGCUGCAAAUAUGUAUCCUGGGCAACCGUAUCAUCCUCCUGCUGCUGCUCCAUUUCCAUCUUCAGGACCCCUUCCUGGUCCUCCCGAGCCAGUUCCUGGGUACAUGAACUCAAACAACUUUAGAAUGCCUUUGGAGCAAUCUUCACAACAGGUUCCUAUGUAUGGGCGGCAGGUGAAUGCUGGCCAUGUUUCUGCGCCACGCCCAGGCAUGCCACCACCGUCCUAUUAUGGUUAAGAACACAACUGUAGCCCGUAGGUGAAUUUCUCGUGCCUGUUCCUUUUGCUUUUUUAGGGGUUAUGUUGGCGAGUUCUCGCCCAUCACUUCUACUUGAAAGGAAAUGAAAUUGCUGCUGUAAUAUUGCAUGGGGCCCGUCAUUUGUGCCAUGCGUCUUGAAUGAUUUGUGUUACAGGGGGUCUUGGUUGAAUGAAAUUCUGCUGCUACUUCUCUCUC